AUGUCGACCCAAAAUAAUACUUAUAAGCAAUCCAGACGCAAGCACAAAGAUGAAUUUCGGCAGCGACACCAAGUCGAUGAACUUGCCUCGCCCAGCGAAGACUCGACCAAACUGGAGUCGCCAUCUUCGACUGAGACCCACACUUUGAUUCCAACAGCGCUGGACGCUCACAGGAGGGACUUCUUCAAGGCCUACCCCGUUGAGGUCGGGGGCACCACUCUCGCAGCCCUGGACGAGCAACUCCAUGUUGUGCAGAGGGAAGAGCUCGUGCUCCAAAUCACAGGAGGCUCUCAGCAUCCGGUACUCGCUGCGCUAUUUGCCGCAUCUUUGCAGGACUCGUGUCUGUUUACAUGCUUCCUUGCUUCUUCACAGUGCCUCUACGAGCAAAGGCGGUCUGUCGGUCAUUUUCAGCCUUCAGACCAGUUGCUUGGUCUCCAAUCAAGGGGCCUUGCUGCUGUGCGAGACCGAUUAAUGCAGUCUGGAGCCGCUCAAGACGAUGGGUUAGCGGCAAGCAUUAUACAGCUAAUGGUUGCCGAUUCCGUCUCCGGCGAUACCAAAUCCUUGAUAUCACACCAACGGGGCGCCCGGAAGCUCCUGUCUAUGCGCGGGACCGGGACAAACGAAGCACUCUACCAGACAUCGCUUGGUAUUCUGGUAGUGAUCGAGUUCUACAUGGCUCUCGUUCAAUUUCUCCUGCCAGAGCCGACCACUCCUCCGGCCAGCGAUAAUCCACUUCGGUAUUUGAAGCAUCCAUUCCCAGCUUCAGUCUGUGUCAGGAUCUCAAUUCUACCAGAAGGACUCCAGAACCUAGUACUGCGAAGUACCCUCAGCCUUCAAACCAUUCAGCUCCUCGACAUUGUGAGUGGCUGGUCCCUUGCCCUUCGAGAGUUGGUCGCAACGCCGCAGAAUGCCGAGGAAAUCUACCGCCAGCUUUUUACCCAGCCUUUCGAGUGUACGCGGUCGGCCGUCUUCAUCCUUCGACACCUGAGACAGGCAGAGUCUCAACUCACCAUCGAGUACAUAAUAUGUAUGGGUAUUACGAUCAUAAUCAAACACCAAGGAAGCACCAGCAAGACCAACUACCUUGACGAUGGGCUCGUGCAUGUCUUCACCCGCACCGUCAAACAGUUCGCACACCCGAAUGCCGCCGAACUUGAAACUAUCAUUUGGCUAGUGACGGUCGUGGCUUGGCGCACAAGCGUGACCUACCAAGCGAACGCAGAAGACUUGGUGGACUUUAUUCUGCGAGUGCACGAAUUUACGAGAAAUUUGAAGAAAGUCCAGACGAUCUGGUCCAGAUUCCUCUGGUACGACAAAUUUGCGGUCCCAUGGAGCCGAUACUGGCAGGCUAGCCUAGACCGAUGGCAAAACAAAAUCCAGGAACGGGCCGCCCUGUCGGCACAGGAGCGAGUGCGCAUUGGUUCAGGUCCUGCACCGAAUUGUGCUUUUUCCCGAGGGGUAGCACAGAUCAAGACAGAGUCAUCAAGCGAGAGUUCCCAAGUCCUGGGGGGUUUCAAUGAAUCCUACACACAAUCAGAAGGUGGCAGCCGUUCUAACUCACAGGAGACUGAUUGA